AUGUCAGCGGCAGACCCGGCCACAGGAGAGCAGCUUUAUGCAACGCUUCUCUUGAGCGAUUCCUACCUACCCGGCGCUCUGGUCCUCGCCCACUCGUUGCGCGAUGCCGGCACUUCCAAGCGGCUCGCGGUUCUGGUAACAUUGGAUUCUGUCUCGGCAGAGACCAUCACCCAGCUUAAGACCGUCUACGAUUAUGUCCUUCCUGUCCCAAGAAUUCGGAAUGAGCUGCCUGCCAAUCUACGCCUUAUGAAAAGGUCCGACUUGCACUCGGCUUUCACCAAGAUCAACCUGUGGAAGCAAACUCAGUUUUCCAAAAUAGUCUACAUCGACGCCGACGUAGUGGCCUAUCGAGCUCCAGACGAGCUCUUUGAGCUGCCUCAUGCCUUCUCCGCCGCUCCGGACAUUGGAUGGCCGGAUCUUGUCAACACCGGUGUCAUGGUUCUUGUUCCGAAUAUGGGUGACUACUACGCCAUGCUCGCCAUGGCGGACAGAGGAAUUUCAUUUGAUGGUGCAGAUCAAGGCCUCAUAAACAUGCAUUUUAAACACAGUCUGAAUCGCUUAUCGUUUACUUACAAUGUUACGCCAUCCGCCCACUACCAGUACAUACCUGCGUAUCGUCAUUUCCAAUCUAGCAUCAGCAUGGUCCAUUUCAUUGGUGCCAAUAAGCCUUGGUUUUCUGGUCGCAGCGCUUCCCAUGGUAACACGCCGUUCGACGAGAUGGUCGGUCGCUGGUGGGCUGUCUAUGAUCGCCAUUAUAGAGCACAGGAGUCCGCUGCCCAACCCAGUUACAGGCAAACUUCAAGUCGACGUCCAAGCCAAGGAAUUGUAGACACAACUCUCGCGUCGGCAUACCCCUCUACAAAGUUGCCUCCAGGAGGUGAUGAGGGCAAGAACACUAGCCAAGCAUACAUUGAAGAGGGAGCAGAUCGUCACGGCCCGGUCCAUGUCGAGACUCCACGAGAUUCUUCUGCCCUGAGUCAGAGGCAGCUUCCCGCAUUGGCCUUGGCUAGUUGGGAUGCCCAAAGGCAUCCCCCCCCACCCGGCUCAAAGCCAGAGGCGAUAGAUUUCCCGUCGACUCGUUACGAGAUGUCAAGAGAUACUACACCUUUUAUUCCACCCGUACGCUACCCCAGCCCACCCAAAAAUAUGUGGUACGAGGUUCCAAAAGAACCGCCAUCCCCAUCAACCAAAAUUCCAAAGCAAAUAUUUCCGUGGGAAGCCCGCCAACCCGCCCCAUCACGCUCAUUUACUACUACAACAGUGGACGAGCCCUUUGGGAAACCACAACCCGGCGAGUCAGAUGAACAACAUCAAGAGCCAACUCCUGCAGAGGCAUUUGCCACACUCCCUGAACAAUUUGCAACGGGACUCUCAGGUAGUGAUGUGACAGACAGGAAUACCGCAGCAUCUGACGUUGGUGCUGCUUUGCCAGCGCCAGCUCCUGGUGAUCCUUGGAGUUCUUACUCGCGAGUCAAUGCUUGGGACGAUGUGCCUGAAAUUAGCCGAUACGUCGACGGCUUGCAGAGAUAUCGUCGAACGGGGGGGCAGAUAAGGAGUGGAACAACGGCGACUUUUACAAGCCGCGUUUAA